AUAUAAGGAAGCUCCAAAGGGGCUUUCGGAAUUGGCUGAUGGACCUUUCUUGUGUGGUUGAUUGGAACUCGAGCCAAGAUGAAGCUGUUUGAAGUGACAGUGACCUUCUUCCUUCUCUCACAUAAUCUGUAUUUGGUCAACUCGCAGUCAAAUGUGCCUAAUGGAGCAGACAACUGGAAGACACCUGCUGUGUGCCAAACAGCUACUGUUGCUGAUAUCGUUUUUGUUGUGGACGAAUCAAGCAGCAUUGGAGAGGGAAGAUUUCAACUGAUGCGUCAGUUCCUUUACAAUCUUGUCAAAGCCUUGGAUGUUGCACGUGAAAAGGUCCGAAUUGGUUUGAUUCAGUACAGCACACUUACAAAUCCAAACAUUCAUCUGAACGAUUUUAAGAACAAAUCUGACAUCCUGAGAGAGAUCCAAAACUUACCGUACCGAGGGGGAGGAACUUACACAGGGGCAGCCAUUGAAUACAUCAAGCAGAGAUACUUUGUCCCAAGGUAUGGUAGUCGCAUAAACCAAGGUGUCCCUCAGAUCGCAGUGGUGAUAACUGAUGGCAAAUCCCAGGACGAUGUGAUAGAUCCAGCCACUGCCCUACGGCGUUCUGGCAUUACAGUGUUUGCUUUUGGAAUCAAAGAUGCCAAUGUGUCUGAGCUACAACAUAUUGGCUCAUAUCCCUCAAGAAGUUAUGUCCAAAUAAUCCAGGACUUUGACCAACUAAAGAAAGUGGAGGAACGCAUUCAGAAGAGGAUUUGCAAUGCGAUACGUAACUCGAUUUCGAAAGUUCCUGAGCAAAUUGAGCAACUUCAGCAUGGCUGUUCUGAAACUGAAGAAGCCGAUAUCUUCUUCUUAAUUGAUGGAUCAAGAAGUAUAUCGCCUGAGAACUUCCAAGAUUUGAAAAGAUUCCUGGUAGAGGUAGUGAAGCUCUUCACGAUUGGACCAAACCAGGUUCGUAUUGGUGUGGUACAGUACGCGGAUAGUCCACAAACUGAAUUGGAAAUCACUCAAUACACCAGCAAAACAAGAUUAAUGCAAGCCAUUAAGCAAAUUCCUCAAGUUGGAGGGGGCACUAGAACAGGCUAUGCAUUAAAAUACAUGAAGAAUUUCAUCAGUAGAGCAGAACAAAGCCGACAAACUAAAGUGCAGCAUUUUCUGAUCACCAUCACGGAUGGAAUGUCAACAGAUGAUGUAGCAAGACCUGCUGCAGAAUUAAGGCAACAAGAGGUGUUUGUCUAUGCCAUUGGUGUGGGAGAUGCAAACGAAAAUGAAUUACAACUCAUUGCUGGUGCUGAUGAGCGAGUUUUUUACACAAAAAGCUUUGAUACUUUGACACACAUGAAAAACAGCGUAGUCCGGGAUAUGUGUUCGAAGCAAGUCUGCAGUCAGCUUGACCGAGCCGACAUCGUCUUCCUCGUUGAUUCGUCAGGAAGCAUACAGGCCGAAGAUUUUGCUAAAAUGAAGAAAGUAAUGACUGCUUUUGUUAGUAAAAUCAACUUUGGAUUAGAUAAAGUUCAAGUUGGCUUGAUCCAAUUUAGUUCCAGGCCCAAAGCUGAGUUCCAACUGAAUGUCCACUCAGCAAAAGCUGACCUAGUCACAGCGAUCAGUAACAUGCAGCAGUUGGGAGGGGGGACUCUCACAGGUCGUGCACUGAGAUUUGCAGCGGACUAUUUUGAUGAAGCUAAAGGGGGUCGCCGUAACAUUCCACAGUACCUCAUAGUGAUAACCGAUGGAGAGGCACAGGAUGAGGUCCUUCAGCCAGCCAAAGCCCUAAGGGAUAAAGGAGUCACUGUGUUCGCCGUGGGUGUAUUCAAUGCUAACAGCACUCAGCUUCUGGAAAUUGUAGGAGAACCGGAAAAGGUCUACUAUGUUGAAGAUUUCGAAUUACUGGAAGAAACAGAAAAACAAUUGUUGUGGGAGAUUUGCAGCUCACAAAAAGAUUGCUGGAAGGCACAAAUCGCAGAUAUUGUUUUCGUAAUUGAUGGAUCAGUGAGCGUAUCGGAUGCUCAGUUUAACAGCAUGAAACAUUUCAUGGUAGGAAUGGUGAACAAUUCUAAUGUUGCUGUAGACAAGGUUAAGCUUGGAGCUGUGCUGUAUGGCACUAACCCUCAAACUGUCUUCCACCUUGAUCAAUUCACAAAUAAAGCAGACAUCAGUAAAGCAAUUUAUGAAAUGAAUCCCGUGGGUGGAACUACCUUUACAGCAAAGGCCCUUGAUUUUGCCAGUGGGCUUUUAGAUCCAUUGGAAGGUGGUCGAAAGCUGUUUGGAGUGCCACAGUUUCUUCUGGUCAUUACUGAUGGGGAGUCGACUGAUAGGGAUGAUUUAAAUUCUGUAGUGGAUGUCAUCAGAGAUAAAGGCAUUAAUAUAUACACCGUCGGUGUAGCUAAUGCAAAUCAAGCUGAACUCCUUCAGAUUUCUGGAUCUCCAGAAAACUCUUUCUAUGAACAAGAUUUUGAAGACUUGGAACGAUCAAUAAACACAGUAUCCCAGAAAUUCUGUCAUGACUCAAAGCCCGUUUGUGAUGUUCACGAAGCAGACAUUGUGUUUCUAAUUGAUGGAUCGUCGAGUAUUUCCCCAAGUGACUUCAGCCGCAUGAAAGAUUUCUUAAAAUAUGUGGUGAGGAUGUUUACUGUUGGUCAGACAAAUGUCCAGUUUGGCAUUGCCCAGUACAGCUCAAAACAAACCACUAUUUUUCACCUGAAUGAGACAAGUGUUCAAUCUGAAAUUUUUGACCUAAUUGAUAAUAUCACCCAACUCUUUGGUGGAACCAUGACAGGGGAAGCACUUGAGUUUGUGAUGCAUUUCUUUCAAACAUCAGCCGGAAGUCGAAAGCUGGAAGGGGUUCCUCAGUACCUCCUUGUUAUUACCGAUGGACUGUCCCAAGACUUUGUGGCUUCCCCAGCCAACAAUUUGAGGAAGGAAAAUAUCAAUGUUUUCGCAGUUGGUAUUGGAGAAGCAAAUGACAAUGAGCUGAUUCAAAUCAGUGGUGCACCAGAGAGAAAAAUUUAUAUUGAAAACUUUGAUGAAUUAGCCACAAUUAAAAGGAGAAUAGUUCGUCAUCUGUGCACUCCACCUGCGGAAGGUCCUGUUGCUGAUGUGGUAUUCAUGGUUGAUACUCAAGAUACUCAAAAUAUUCAAGUGCUUAAAAUGAUUCAGAACUUCAUUAUGGGAAGUAUUGCACAGCUGAAUAUUGGACUGGACAAAUACAGAAUUGGAUUUGCACAGUUUGGAAAAGAUGUGAAAACUGAAUUUUUACUGAGGCAUUCUGUCAGUAAGAAGGACGUGUUCAAUCACAUAAUGAAGAGUUACAGCUUUCGAGGUGGUCCACCAUUGGCUCUACCAGAUGCCAUUAAACACUUAAAAACAAAUUAUUUUGUUUCAUCAGCUGGAAGUAGGAAGCUUGCAAACGUUCCUCAAAUCGCUGUAAUAAUUACUGACACUUCUUCGCAAGAUGCUGUUGAAGAUCGUUCCAAAAUUUUAAUCAAGGAUGGUGUAAUGGUUAUCUCCAUUGCCGUAUCGAAAGCAGAGACGGACCUGCCACAAAUUGCAAUGAAUUAUUCAUCGGACCCAUUUUUUUCUCUGGUUUCGCCGUUUGAGCGUCUUCUGCACAAUGCACCUGUUAUAUCGCACACAAUACAAAAUAUAACGAAACAAAAGAGCAAGAUUGAAAAACCAUCAGUGUGUCUGUCAAACUUGGUCGCUGAUAUUGUUUACCUUGUGGAUGAGUCUGGAAGCAUUGGGGAAGAAAACUUUGAACUGAUGCGUAAUUUUCUGAUCCGUGUUAUCAGCACACUGGAAGUAGGUCCAGACAAGGUGCAAGUUGGUUUGAUUCAAUAUAGUGAUAUUGCAACACCACAAUUUUACCUUGACACAUAUCAAACAAAGGCCGAUAUAAUUAACCAUAUAAAAGGAACAUCUUAUAAGAGAGGAAGGACAAAUACGGGGGCUGCCAUUAAUUACAUGAUGCGCAAUUACUUUAUUGAACGUCGUGGUAGUAGGAGAAGGAAUGGAAUUCCUCAGAUUGCUGUGGUGAUUACUGAUGGUGUAUCAACUGAUGAGGUCACAGCUCCAGCCGAGGCCCUGCGACGUCAUGGUGUUAUUGUCUAUGCUUUGGGAAUCAAGAAUGUCACAGUAGAUGAACUCAAAAGCAUUGCUUCAUAUCCUCCCAAAAAGUAUGUUUCCACUAUCACAGACUUUGACCAGUUGAAGUCAGUGGAAAGUCGAAUGCAGGUGAAGAUUUGUAAUGAGAUUAUAGACGUAGUCUCAAUGAAACCACAUGAAGAUGAGCUUGUUGAGCAAGGCUGUGUUGAAACUGAAGAAGCCGAUAUAUUUUUCCUGAUUGAUGGGUCAGGUAGUAUAUAUCCUGACAACUUCAAAGAGAUUAAAACAUUUCUAUCUGAUGUAGUGAAGCUCUUCAGUAUUGGUGAAAACCAGGUUCGCAUUGGGGUUGUGCAGUUUUCAGAUCGUGUACAAUCUGAAUUUGAAAUAACUCAGUACACCAGUAAAGUGGAACUUGUGGAAGCAAUUGAAAGAAUUGGUCAAAUUGGAGGAGGCACUGAAACAGGCAGAGCAUUAACAUAUAUGACGACUUAUCUCAAUAGAGCAAGGCAAAGCCGGAAAACUGAAGUGCAGCGUUUGCUGAUCACCAUCACAGAUGGAGUGUCAGAUGAUAAUGUAACGAUUCCUGCGAUGAAAGUGAGACAAGAGGGUGUUGUUGUCUAUGCUGUUGGUGUAGGAGCUGCAGACAAAAGUGAGCUUCAGCUCAUUGCGGGAGCUGAUGAAAGAGUUUAUUAUCUACAACAUUUUGAUGCUCUGUCAGAAAUAAGAAACAGAAUUGGACAGGCUAUCUGUCUCGACAAAGCUUGCAAUCCUGACCGUCAAGCUGACAUCAUCUUCCUAAUCGAUGGAUCAAAGAGUAUAGCACAACAUGACUUCCAGAAAAUGAAGUCAUUUGUGAUAAGUUUUGUAAACAAAAGCAAUAUUGCACCUAAUAGGGUUCAACUUGGGUUAAUACAGUAUUCCACAGAAGUAAAAUUAAUGUUUCGGCUUAACACAUUCUUUUUAAAAAAUGAUCUGUACAGAGCAAUUGGUGACAUGCAAAAGAUUGCAUCAGACACUCACACUGGCAAGGCACUAAACUUUGCAGUGGACUAUUUUGAUGAAGCUGAAGGGGGUCGCCCUAAUGUUCCGCAAUACCUCAUAGUGAUAACUGAUGGAAGGGCACAGGAUGAGGUCCUUCAACCAGCCACAGCCAUAAGGAAUAAAGGCAUCAUCGUGGUCGCCGUGGGCGUAGGCAACAUUGACUACAAACAGCUUCUGGAAAUUGGGGGAUCCCAGGAUAAAGUCCACUCGAUAGAAAACUUUGAUCUGUUGAAAGACCAGGAAGAUAAAAUUUAUUGGGAGACGUGCAAUUCUCAUGAAACUUGCAGAAGGACCAAACAGGCUGACAUUUUAUUUGUAAUAGACGGAUCAGGUAGCAUUGGACAGUAUCAGUUUGAAAGCAUGAAAACUUUCAUGUUGGGCCUGGUAAAUAGGACCAAUGUUGGCCCGAACAACGUUAAAAUUGGAGCUGUGUUGUUUGGUAGUACACCCCAAACCGUAUGUGGACUGGACAAAUGGAAAACUAAAGCUGAGGUGCAAAAGCAGAUCGAGCAAUUAAACAGUGUAGGUGGAAACACUUACACUGUUGAUGCCCUUAAACAUGCAAAAACCCUUCUGAGAAAAGAAAACGGUGGACGGAGAGAAGAUGGUGUUCCUCAGUUCCUGAUUGUCAUUACUGAUGGGGCUGCAACAGUUAAGCAAGGAUUAGAUACUACAUCUGCAGCUAUCAGAGACAGCAAUGUUCAGAUCCUUGCUGUUGGUGUAGAUAAAGCCAAUACAGAAGAACUACGGACAAUUGCAGGAUCAGAUGAAAAUUGGUUUUAUGUUAACAAUUUUACUGCUUUGGAGUAUUUAUCCCAAAAGAUUUCUCGGCAGAUUUGCACAAAAACCAAACCAGAUUGUGAACUAUCUGAAUCAGAUGUUGUUUUUCUAAUUGAUGGAUCGGGAAGCAUUAACGCAGAUGACUUUUCAUCUGUGAAGAAGUUCUUGAAACAUAUCAUUGAAACUCUGAAUCUUGGCCAAACAAAUUUUCGCUUUGCAGCAGCUCAGUUCAGCGAAGACUCACAGCCCGAAUUUUACCUGAAUGAGACUAGGGACCAAAAUACUCUCUUUCAAAAAAUUGACAAGAUCAGACAAAUACAAGGUGGCACCCAAAUAGGAAAGGCACUUAGGAAUGUGAUGACAUUCUUUGAACCAUCAGCAGGAAGCCGAAAGCCCAAGGGGAUUUCUCAGAACCUCUUGGUGAUCACAGAUGGGAAAUCCGAUGACGAAGUGGCUGAGCCGGCCAAUGACUUGAGGAAGAAAAACAUCAAUGUACUUGCCAUCGGUGUUGGAGAAGCAGAUGAAAAUGAGUUGGUUCAAAUUGCUGGAGCUCCAAGGGAAAAAUUCUAUCUGUCAUCAUUCAAUAACCUUGAUCAAAUUAAACAAAGAGUAGCUCGUGAGCUUUGCACCGAAUCUCCACAGGCCUGUACCAUAGAUAUAGCUGUGGGAUUUGACGCCUCAAAUCAGAGACAGUUUGAAAACAUACUUGCUGGUCAAAAUACACUGCAGGUAAAGCUGAAUGAAAUCUUCAAAAAAAUGACCUCUCUGAGCGCAGUCAGCUGUGAGUCAGCAUCCCAUUUGGAAAUAAGAGUUGGGUUAUAUAUCAAAGACAAGAAUGGGCAGGCUGUCCAUGAGACCCGAUUUGAUGAAAACAUUUCAAAACUGGCAGAUCACCUGAAAGAUGUCAAGACAAGCAGUCAAGUUGUUUUAAAUGCAAAAACUUUAGAAUCGUUUUUGAGGAAGUUCAAUGAAUCAACUUCAAAAAUCAAGAUGAUUUUAUUCUUCACGGAUGGAUUAGAUGACUCUUUACAUGAACUGAAGCGAACGUCACAAAUGCUCAGAGAAAAUGGAGUCCAUGCACUCAUCACGGUGGCUCUGGAAGGUGCUGUAAAUGUUAAUGAGAUACCUGAUAUUGAGUUUGGAACUGGAUUUACAUACAAAACUCAUCUGUCAAUGCAAAUUGACAAUAUGGAAAGUGCUUUGCUGGAAAAGAUAAGAGCAGUUGCCGAAAAGCAGUGUUGUAAGAUACAUUGCAUUUGCGUCGGAGAAACAGGAGUGUGUGGCAAAACAGGAGAACGAGGGACAAAGGGAGCUCCUGGCCAGCGUGGACCUCAUGGUUUUCCAGGACUAGAUGGGGAAACGGGUCCAAGAGGCUCACCAGGUGUCACUGGCCCUCAAGGGUUUGCAGGAUGCCAAGGUAGCAGAGGCAGCAAGGGAGCUCGAGGUUAUCGAGGAGCAAAGGGUAGCGAAGGGACCUGUGGUAUUGAUGGAAUCCAAGGAGAGCAGGGAGAAAUUGGACAGCCUGGACAAGUCGGGGGACGAGGGAAGCCAGGAUAUCUGGGUAAGAAAGGCUUGAAGGGAGACAUGGGAGAGCGUGGUGAACUUGGAAUUCGUGGAGACCCUGGCAGUCCUGGUAUCAAUAUGAACACACCAGGUGAAAAAGGCAACAAAGGAAACCCAGGACAACAGGGUGAGAUGGGAAAGCCUGGCGAUGGAGGAUUUGCUGGUGCAACAGGCAAACGUGGCCCAGAAGGUCUAAGAGGAAUGCCAGGCACAAAGGGACAAAGUGGGAAUGCUGGGAAGCCAGGUCGCAAAGGAGAUCCAGGAAUCCGAGGACCACAGGGAGAACAUGGGCAGCCUGGAUCUAAAGGUCAAAAAGGCGGGACUGGAAACAGAGGUCAACAGGGUCCAAAUGGAAUUUCUGGUCCUGAUGGAAUAGAGGGAAGUCCUGGAGGAAAAGGACAUUCUGGUCAACAUGGAAGCCCAGGAAUCAAAGGCAUCAGGGGACAAGCAGGACCUCGGGGGACACCGGGCACAGAUGGCGCAAGUAGAUUUGGUUCUCCAGGAAUAAAAGGAAGAAAGGGACGGCCAGGAGUCAUCGGAAACCGUGGACCUCCGGGAGAAGUUGGGAGACCUGGUCGACCGAGCGAAAAAGGAUCCAAAGGAGCUAGAGGGUCAAGGGGUAGUGCUGGAUCUCCUGGUCAGCCUGGGAUUCCAGGUGAUGAUGGACCUCCUGGACGUCCUGGCCAGAAAGGACCAGAUGGCAUUACUUCUAUGAAGCCAUGUGAAUUAAUAUCGUAUGUUCGAAAGAAUUGUGCUUGUUGUUCACAAAGAAGUGGAGAAUGCCCUGUGUACCCCACAGAGUUGGCAUUUGCUCUGCAUAUGACUGAAGAUGUUACACGAGCUAUUUUUGAAAGGAUGAAGAACAUUAUAAAGAGUCUUCUCAAGGAAAUCAACAUCGCUAAAAGUAACUGUCCCACAGGGGCUCAAAUAGCAGUUCUCACCUGUAAUAAUGCAGCAAAGACUUUCAUUCGAUUUUCAGACUUUAGGAAAAAACAGUUACUGCUGAAAGAAAUAGAGGCACUGACAUUUGAGCAAUCACAAAAUGGACGGAAUAUCGGUGAUGUUAUGCAGUUUGUUGCCAGAAAUACUUUUAAACGAGUUCGUAAUGGUGUCCUUGUGAAGAAAAUAGCUGUCUUCAUUACGAAUGGUGGAUCCCAAGACAUCAAGGCCUUAGUUGAAGCUGACAAUCAGCUCAUUGCUGCAGGCAUUUCUCCCAUCAUCAUUUCCUUCAAGGACAUCCGAGACGCAGAACAGGUUUUCACAGAUGCAGUGUUUGUAUUGCCAAGACAGGUGGCAGGAUCUCAAGAACAGUUACAGCGCAUUCACUUAUGCAUGUUGUGCUUUGAUAUGUGUGAGCCGUCUACUGGAUGUCCAAAACCCAGAACCCCCUUUAUUUAUCCAGUGAACAUCGAAGUAGCGUUCGUUGUUCAUGACCUACACCAAAUGGACACUGGAAACUCUGAAAACGUUCAGCAUUUCAUAAACUCAAUUAUUAAUGAGUUUUUAAAUUCCACGGACCCAAAAGACCCUGAAGUUCGCCCCAGCCUGGCUGUGGUACAGUAUGCACCAAAUCAGGCCCUACAUUACAGGAAAGACCCAUUUAAAGAAGAGUUUGGAGUUUUGGAUUACAUUGCAAGAACACUAAAGAAGAGACACACCCACGACUCAUUCGACCAGGUGAACUCCAGUAGCAUUGGCAGUGUUAUUGACUGGAGUGUGAAAAACCUCUUCUCAAACCAGCAAAAGUACAAGAUUAUCUUUACAAUAUUUUCAGAGGAAACAAACAUGGAUGAGAAAAAAUUGCUGGAAAUAUCUCAAGAAGCCAAAUGUAAAGGCUUUGCAGUAAUUGCCCUGGCCCUUGGGAAGAUAACUAAUAUUACACUCCUGGAGAAAUUUGUCAGUUUUCCUUCUGAUCAUCAUCUCAUUCAUCUGGAUAGAGCCGAGAAGGAUGAAAUAGAAUAUGCACUAAAAUAUACAGUGGCUUUUCUGAAAAAUCUUGCAAUGAAAAUCAACGAUUAUCCACCUGCAGCUCUACAGAAGGAUUGUGAAAGAAGAAAAUCUCACGGAACAGGAAAAACCAGUACCUCAGCAAAGUUAGAGCCAGUACAAGAUGAAAUGCAAGAAGUGAGAGACGAAGAAGCAAAGGCCAAUAUUAAUGAUGUAUGUGCACUGAAGUUUGAAGAAGGAAACUGUUACUACUACAGAUUAAAAUGGUACUUUGAUGCAACAUUGCAACUCUGCAGAGUGUUCUGGUAUGGUGGCUGUAAGGGAAAUCAGAACAGAUUUGACACGCAAGAAGAUUGUAAAGCCUAUUGCCUAACGUCCACUUUCUAAAUGUUAUGUGCAUGGCCUAAGUUAUUUUUUAAUGUGCACCUUUGGGAGGUUAAACAACAAAUGAAAUGUUGCAUCGGAAUAUGCAAAAUUGAAAAAUACUAUUGUGAACAGAAAUGCUACCAAUUCAGACCAAGCAAUAAUAAUCCUCCCCAAUUCUGAACAUAAUAUAUACUAAACAAUGCACUCAAUAUCAAGCAGUGUUUCUUUCUACAUUGAUCCUCAACUGCUGUGUUCCAGUCGGACAGUUCAGAAUUUGUUUUCGACAAGCAUUUUUGUGAAUUGAUCAACAAGGAACUUCAGUGUGGGAGAGAUAUGAGACGAUGUGAGAUUUAGCUAUAUUCAUCGUUGACCUCUCCAAAGUUCACAGGGUUUGGAAAAAUACAUGUACAGUUGCUGGAAAGAUGUUUACAUUUCUGAGUUUAUGACAGGUAAGGUAAUCAUUAAAGACCUUGUUUUCAGUUCAGACAAAUCUAGGUCAGAAAUAUAAAUUGUUCAGUUCAGAUCAGAUGAUGUCAGGUCUGAAUUUAGUAGCAAGAUUAGUUUCUGUCCUAAAAGGAAUUCAGGGACCCAGUUAUCUCACCGGAAGGAUUUAGUUGUGAAACUACCAAAGCAGGAGUGUUUGGUUAGUAAUCUGCAGGUUAUCAGAACUAAAUAAGUUUAAGUUGACAGUUUUGGGAAUAGACCAUGCCAGCAGAAUCGGGAAGAAUGCAUCAAAUUGUCUGCACAGUUCAUAGGGCAAGAAAACUGUAAGGACACAGUUAAGUAGAACCCUAAAGUGUUGAGUUGGGAGGAUAAAGUCUUCAUAACAAAUAGUAUCAGAAAAAAA